AAAGAAGGAAAGAAGCUGGGACAGAAUGGAAUUGUAGAGAUGAGACUGGAAUCACUUUCUGAGGUCGUUUAAUUUAUUCUGCUACCACACAUCCCUGACAAAUCCAGAUGGGAAUCUAGCUCAUUGGUAACUCAAUCCACAUAUAGGACUCGGAAUGGAAGGACAUGGUGACCCAAAAGAGAUAAGUCUCCUUUCCUUUGGGACAUCCUACAAGCCAGGAAACUUGGUCAAAGAUUAAUUUAGUGGGUUGAGAAAGGCUUCUCUGAUGAAUGAAGAAGGCAGGAUCUUUAUGCAAUUAGUGCACAAUAAAAGGUAAUCAUGACAAAGUCCACAGCUUUCCACAGUUUGACAUGGUGAAUAGGUAUGUUAUAUAAAACCUAUGUAUUCUUUUACCAAACUGUGCCUUAAGAACUCAAAAAAUCACAAAAUUUCAGAUGAAUAAAAAAGCAUUGUAACAAUAGGAUAGCAUAAGCAAGAGAAGGUACUGUCUUACGCUCCAAUAUCCAAUGUUCUUAGUGCAGUGAAUUCUGGUUCUUUUGGCUCAGUGAUAUUGGGAAAAGUUCACUGAUUGUGAGUGGAAAUAAGCAAUGAAAUUUAAAGAAAUAAAGUCUAAGAGGCAAUUGAGACACUCUGAAGUUUAGUUUUCUCCCUUGUAAAUGGGGAUAAUAAUGACACAUUACAGCUUGUUGGGAGAAUUGAAUGGCUGUGUUGAAAGUGUUUUUGUAAACCUGAAGGCAUCACACAACAUAAUUAAUCCAGAGUUUUCAAGGUAGUUGUUACUAUUUAAAUUGUUGAAAUGAUAAACACCGCCCUACUCAUUAAGGGAAGGAAGUGCUAUUUAUCUUAACAUUGUUGAAUGCAAAGAAUCUUCAAGGAGCCAACAAAACCCAACAGCAUGGAAAUAAAUUUCCAGGUGCCCUAAGGAAGGAAACACUUGUUCUGUCUCAUCUUGGUAUUAUGGCUUUGCUAACAAUAGCUAUGGAAUCUGUGUUUUUAUAUUAAUUUUUAUAUUUGUAUCUAAUAGUCUUUCCAAAGCCCUGUUUUGAAUGAGGAUCAGCAAGUGGCAGGAGGCAUAUCCCAAAUAAUUCCUUUCCUUUAGCUAUUUUUCAUUACUUUGUGCUUCCCUUAGCUGUUUAUGUCCAUUUUCUCUGGGUAGUUUUAUUUUUUUAUUAAAAAAAUUUUUUUAAAUGAUUACUUAUUUUUGAGAGAAAGAGAGAUACAGAGUGUGUGCAGGGGAGGUACAGAGAGAGAGGGAGACACAGAAUCCAAAGCAGGCUCCAGGCUCUGAGCUGGCAGCACAGAGCUAGACACAGGGCUUGAACUCAUGAACUGAGAGAUCAUGUCCUGAGCCGAAGUCAGAUGCUUAACUGACUGAGCCACCCAGGUGCCCCUGGGUAGUUCUAUUUUUAUUAAAAGAUAUUCAUUUUAGAAUCUUAUUCUUGCUUAUGUCUUUUGCUUAAAUUAAAAGAAUCUUUCAGAUGUUACAGAGUCAGUCAGAUGUUUUAAAAUACAAUUAAAGGUCUUAAGAUGCAGUUUUGUGGAAUAUUUCUGACAUUUCACCUCAGGUUUUUUUUUUUUUUUAAUCUCACUGAGUUCAACUAAAGUGAAUGUAGUUCUGAUGUGAUGGGUAAAUUGAAGCUGAAAGUUUCCAGAAGAUGAAAAGAAACCAUUGGCUCAGACAAAUCGGGAGCUUUGUUUUAGUGUAAUGUAAAUAUUGUGUCACUACUGUUUCUUACCCAUAUCUUUUCUGCAGAUUUAUGCAAUAUCUAAGUUUUUAUUAAUUCACUAUGGCUUUGGAUUUUGCACUCCCAGGAAUCUCAGAUCUGGUAACCCUUGUUGGUGGAGUUUAGAAAUGGAAGAUGGUAAAGAAGUAUUGACAGGGACUUUCCUUAUUACAAAAUAGAGUAGACAAAACAGUGCUUCUUCUGAUAGGGCUGAAUAGUUUGGAGAAGGCAUGCAGUGGGAUGAAGAAUUACAAAGUGGCUAACUGGUGGGUGACUCCAUUGCCAUCCAGGGCCUUGCACUCAACCUUGUAGGCUAAGAAACAAAUCUCAAGGGCACUCAGAUUAACCAAGCUGAGAAAGGUUGAAUAUAAAAUCAGAUUGAAAAUUUAUACACUUACAGGGAUAAAAAGAAUUGUGCUAAUGGUAACAGCUACUAUUUCUUGAGUGCUUUCUAUAUGUCAGAUAUCAUACUUAUUCUAUAUUAGUUAGCAAGCUUCCUGCAUUCAAGUCCAUCUCUGUCAUUUACUGGUAUGUGGUCCUUUAACUUUAUGCAAGUGACUUGCUUUAUUUAAUCAAGUUCUCAGAAGAAUGCCUGGCACAUCACAAGUACUCUAUAACUAUUUGCCAUUAGUAUUAAUUCUUUUAUUUUUUUAUUAAAAUUUUUUGAAAUGUUUUAUUUAUUUUUGAGAGAAAGAGAGAGAGACAGCACGAGUAUGGCAGAGGCAGAGAGAGAGGGAGACACAGAAUCCGAAGCAGGCUCCAGGCUCUGAGCUGUCAGCACAGAGCCCGAUGUGGGGCUCCAACCCAUGAACCAUGAGAUCAUGAACUGAGCCCAAGUUGGAUGUUUAUCCGACUGAGCCACCCAGGUGCCCCACCAUUAAUAUUAAUUCUUACAACACUCCUAUGAGGUGUAUACCAUUACUAUUCCCCUUUUACUGGUGAGAAAAUGGAGAUUUAAAAAGUUCAAUAAUCUGCUUAAAGUUCCAUAGGUAGUUAAGUGGAAACCAAAAUAUAAUCAAGACAAGGAAUUAGAAUUGGAUGGUUAAGGAUCCAGGCUAAGAGAACACUCACAUUCGCCUUCUCAGGGGAGGUCUUUCCAAUGAGAUUACAUCACCCAGAGUCUAUUGGUCAAGUCUCCUCUAAAGGAUAGUUCUCAGAAAACCUGGGACUACCUAAUUUCAAGGCUUCAUAGCUCAUUCUCUGACUUACCAGGAAGGAUGUAUCAUUCACAUUGUUCCCAAGUACCUUAUGCAAUAGGACCAAUAGAACUUUCUGUGAUGGUGAAAUGUUCUAGAUCUACAUUGUCCAAUGCGGUUGCUACUGUCCACAUAUUAACACUUAAAAUAAGACGAGUGUAACUGAGGAAUUGAUUCUAAUUUAAUUUAAUUAAUUUUAAUUUAAGUAGCCAUAUAUGACUAGUGGCUACUAUUUCAGUGCACAGAACAGCAGGGGGAUAAUGUGUUUUUAGAAAAAAAAUAACAUGAGGCAGUUGGUCAUCACUGAGAAAGAAGCAAAGGGAUCCAACCAGUCUUAUUAUGAGAAUAUCGUGUGUGAAUGUCACUCAGCAACAGCUGUUUCCCCGAUCAGCUAAAUUGUCCUACUCAUUUCCUUGUUAGUAUAGCAGUUUCUGAGGGCAAGAAGCCCAUUUGUUUGAGCAGUUAAAAAGUCAGUAGAGAAUUAUUAAAAUUGAAAACUCAGAGAUAAUUUGUCCUGGUUAAAUCCUUUGGGUAGCUCUUCCACCCAGGAUCCUCUCAAGGCAAGGAUAGUUCUGGGGUUGUGAGGAGAGGAGAAUGAAAUCAGAAGUAGACUGAGGAGUGAGAAUAGCUUUGCAAAUGGUAAGUGAUUUGGCAAGCUGAACUGAAACAUACCCAUGCACUAUCACUCUUUUCCCCUUUCUUGGCAACUAGGGCAAGUGUGCCUCAGUUUUUCAACCACGGGGCUUUGAGUCAGAAGACCUGGGGUAAAGUCCUAACUUCAUCCCUCACUAACUGCAUGACUUUAGAUAAAUCACUGAAUGUCACUGCCUUGUAGAGUCUGUAAAAUAGGGUAGAAGAUAGUGGGCCUCAGAUAUAAUACCUUCCUCAGAGGAUGUGAGAAGGAUCAAAUGAGGUAAUGCAUGUGGAACCACUUUGUAAACACGUGAAAGCUGUUGAAAUGUCUUGGCAAUGAUGACUGCAUUUGUACAGAUCACUAUUGCCUUUGAAACAGCUUUCAUAUUUAUUGCGUUUUUAUCUUCACAACAAGUCUAUGAGGGAAGUAGGGCAGGAAUUAUUAUCUAUGUUUUACCAUCUGUUGAUGUAGACAAAUGAGGCCCAGAGAAGCUGAGAGACUGGCCUAAGGUUAUACAGGGUGUCUGAUUGCAUUAAAUGUGAGCUUAACCCUAGUCCUACCAAUUCCUAUUCUAGAGCCCUCUCUUCCAAGAAAUAAGCAACAGUCACAAGCUUGAUAUCCACCAGUUGUGCUGUAGAAACUAUUUCUACUCAGUAAGCAAGCCACCCUACAACCUGAGUCCAAAGAUGAAGAAUCAUAACAUCAAUGUAAUGAUGGUGGGUAUCCACCCACUGUGCUAAGCAUUUCAUCAAUAUUAUCUUCUUUAAUCCUCAUACUAACUCUAUGAGAUUUUAUGGUUAUAAGUCCCACUUUAUAGAUGAGGAAAUGGAGGCAGAAAAUGGUUCAGGAAUUGGUCCAUGGUCCACGGAGCUAGUGAGUACCAAGGGAGUCUGGAUGUAUCAGUUUGCUAAGGAUGCUUUAAUGAAGUCCCAGACUGGGUGGAUUAAACAACAGAAAUGGAUUGUUUCACUAUUCCUGAGGCUAAAAGUCCAAAAUCAAGGUGUUGGCAGGGUUGAUUCUUUCUGGAGGCUGUGAGGGAAGGGUGUGUUCCUGGUUUCUCUCCUUGGCUUGUAGAUCCCUGUGUCUCUUCAUACUGUCUCGUGUCUAAAUUUCCCAUUUAUAUAAGGACACCAGUUAUAUGGGAUAAGGGAUCACCUUCAUGAUUGCAUUUUAACUUGAUUACCUCUAUAAAAACCCUCUCUCCAAAUAAUGUCACAUGAUGAGGUUAGGACUUCAACAUACCAAUUUGGUGGGGGGGGGGGUGGGACACAAUUCCACCAAUAACACUGGAUAUAAACCCAGAUCAAUUGGCCUUCUACUGUUAAGCAUUAUGCUUUAUUGUUUCCUGACAUCAUAAAAUUAAAUUAUUCUGUAGUCUUUUGAUAGGAACAAAUGUCAAGACCUAGAGCAUGGCAAUUGAUCCCAAAUCCACUUUUAGGGCCACUGACCAGAAAUCUAUUCUACAUAUUAAGUUCUGAAACUGGAAAGUACUCCCCAAAAUUAAGCUAAGAGACUGGUUUCCAGUUUACUAGGCAACUUGGCAUCGAGGACUUUUCUCAUAAACAUUUACAAAUAUUCUGCUCUGUAAUGAAGUUAAUCAGUAAACCAUACAACCUCUGGCCUCUGUCACUCCUUACCUGGUCUCAUUUUCAGUUGCUGUGAAUAAGCUAAGAAUGGUAAUGCAGUUUCAGGGGUUAGAAUAUCCAAUUCAAAGUAGUCCUCGCCAUAGCCACACAUCAUCAGGAUUUGUCAUGGAAAUGAUGAGCAUGAAGCCUGAUAAAGGUGUACUAACAGAACAAGCAGCAGGUCCUUUGGGACAGAAUCUAGAAGUGGAACCAUACUCACAAUACAACAAUGUUCCAUUUUCCCAAGUUCAACCACAGAUUUCCUCAUCGUCCUAUUAUUCCAACCUGGGUUUCUACCCCCAGCAGCCUGAAGAGUGGUAUUCUCCUGGAAUAUAUGAACUCAGGCGAAUGCCAGCUGAGACUCUUUACCAGGGAGAGAUUGAGGUAGCAGAGAUUCCUGUAACAAAAAAGGCUCGAAUGGGUACAACAACGGGGAGAAUAAAAGGGGAUGAAUUAUGUGUUGUUUGUGGAGACAGAGCAUCUGGAUACCAUUAUAAUGCGCUGACCUGUGAGGGGUGCAAAGGUUUCUUCAGGAGAAGCAUUACCAAAAAUGCCGUGUACAAGUGUAAAAAUGGGGGCAACUGUGUGAUGGACAUGUACAUGCGAAGAAAGUGCCAAGAGUGUCGCCUAAGGAAAUGCAAAGAGAUGGGAAUGUUGGCUGAAUGUAUGUAUACAGGCUUGUUAACUGAAAUUCAGUGUAAAUCUAAACGACUAAGAAAAAAUGUGAAGCAGCAUGCAGAUCAGACCAUUAAUGAAGACAGUGAAGGUCGAGAUUUGCGACAAGUGACCUCGACGACUAAGUCAUGCAGGGAGAAAACUGAACUCACCCCAGAUCAACAGAAUCUUCUUCAUUAUAUUAUGGAUUCGUAUAGCAAACAGAGGAUGCCUCAGGAAAUAACAAAUAAAAUUUUAAAAGAAGAAUUCAGUGCAGAAGAAAAUUUUCUCAUUUUAACUGAAAUGGCUACCAGUCAUGUACAGAUUCUCGUAGAAUUCACAAAAAAACUUCCAGGAUUUCAGACUUUGGACCAUGAAGAUCAAAUUGCUUUGCUGAAAGGGUCUGCAGUAGAAGCUAUGUUCCUCCGUUCAGCUGAGAUUUUCAAUAAGAAGCUUCCAGCUGGACAUGCUGACCUAUUGGAAGAAAGAAUUCGGAGGAGUGGUAUCUCUGAUGAGUAUAUAACACCUAUGUUUAGUUUUUAUAAAAGUGUUGCAGAAUUGAAAAUGACUCAAGAAGAGUAUGCUCUGCUUACAGCAAUUGUUAUCCUCUCUCCAGACAGACAAUACAUAAAGGACAGAGAGGCAGUAGAGAAGCUUCAGGAACCACUGCUUGAUGUGCUACAAAAGCUGUGCAAGAUUUAUCAGCCUGAAAAUCCUCAACACUUUGCCUGUCUCCUGGGUCGACUGACUGAGUUGCGGACAUUCAAUCAUCACCAUGCCGAGAUGCUGAUGUCUUGGAGAGUAAAUGACCACAAAUUUACCCCACUUCUCUGUGAAAUCUGGGAUGUGCAGUGAUGAGCAUUGCAGGAGCAACAGCAUCUAGUGAUUUAUUUUCCUUAUAAUAGAAAUCUGAUGUAUAACUUUCUUUUAUUUCAUUUGUACCUGGUUUCACACAAGAAUUUUGAUGAAUAUUUAUGCAGUAAUUAUGUAACUUCUACCAUUGUAAAUAUGAAGCUAGAUAGGAUUACUUUCUUUACAUUGUAUUUUACAUGGCUUCAGGGAUUCUUUCACUCUAAGUGGCAUGCCCUGUUUGCCUAAUCAAACUGAUCAUUCUUCACUUCUAUCUUUUGAAAUAGGGAAAAUUUCAUUUUGCUCUUUAUCUUACCUUGUUGCAUAUAUUUUAUAAAAGAGUUGUGUUCAAUUUUGGCAAUAAACUCAGCAUAAUGGCAACAGGCUUUUCUUCCAGAACAAAAUUUGAAAAAUAUACAAACUCAUUUCUUUAAACGGUCAAUGACAUCAUAUUGGGCCCGGGGGUGGGGUGAUGGUUAAACUCUCACAGCACAAAUGGUGUUCUUCUAAUCCCUGAAGAAGCUCUGGUGAAUAUUCAUUUAUUUGUAAUAGCCCUCAGAUUAUUUCAUUUGAAGUUCAAAGAGAUAGCACACAGAAAAGUUAAUGAUUCUCACGUGAAGUAUUCCCUCAAGCAAACCCUUUCCACAAUUAGGGUCUUGAAGCAGUAUUUACAAAUCCAGAGUAUGCAGAUAACUCCAGUGUUGGAAUAUUCCCUUUUCUCUCUUAAAAGUACUCACUAUUGGCUUCAGUGCAUGUAAUCAAUCUUUUUUUUUUGGUUUGUUUUGUUUUGCUUUUGGAAAACACUCCUACAGCUGGGUGCACAGCUGUUGUAUGCUUCCCCCAAAGCAGGAAUUCCUUCAUUUCCUUCAUUCAUUGUUAUACUGUUGCAUUCUUCUCCCCAUUAUCCUUUGGUGAACACAAUAAAACACCUUCUGUAAGUAAUGGGUUUAUAUCUCCCUUUCUCCUGAAGUCAGUCAAAAUGAAGCUUUGCUUAGCAUGCGAAAGGUUUUUUGUGUUCAAAUAUUAGAGCAACCCUGAAGUCCUAAGCAUAGAGGAAAGAGGAAUGAGUUGGGGCUAGUACUAAUUGAAUUCCACUUGCUGCAACAAGACUUGAAUCCCCAUUAAGUAAAGAUCCCUAUAGGGACAAAGUAACUUCCAGGAGGGGUUUAUAAAGAAGUGCAGAGGCAAGUUUUAUGGGCUCACUGGGCAAGUCUUAUGGAGGUGGGAUUUCCCUUGGGCUUGGAAAGAUAGCCAGGACUUCCAUGGAUCAGGGUGAGAGGAAGGAGGAUUAAAAGUGGAAGGGGUGGCAGGAACAAAAGCAAAGGGUGGGGAGUUGUGCAGAUGUUAAAAAGCACAAGUAAUCUGGGGAGAGAUCUAGAGUGCACAACCGUUCUUGAGCCUCGGUUUCCCCAUUGUGAAAUGAAGAUACCAGCCCCUACCAUCUCAAGGGAUUUAGUUCCUGAAUGAAAAGGAAGCGGGAAGUUGCAGGCUCACCAAGGAAGAGGGCUGGUAAAGAAAGGACACUUAAGAUAGAGAAGUAAAUUUCUGAAUGCGUGAAAGAUGAGAUCCAGUUUAGGAAAGGAGUGUGGUUUGGUGUUUCUAGAUCACAAGGCAUCUGUACAGAAGGUGGUGAGAAAUGAGCUGGAAGGGAGAGAGCUAGGAGUUUCUCCUGUAAGUGUGGAUUUAUUCAUGUAGUUAAGACCUUGUAAUGGCAAAUAAUAAUGCUUGUCAUGUAGCAAACUGUGAUACAAUAAGAAAUACAUAUUGGCGCUUAGUCCCUGGUUCCUGACACAGAGCUUCUAACACCAUUGAAAUUUCCUAAUAGGGGUGAAAGGAGCAUCUUUUGUUAUUCAUAACAAGCCGCUUUCAACCACACCUGAGUUUAUGCUAAUAAGGUGAUGGGGGGGGCGGAAUCUAGAUGCUUCAGAAUGGGAGAUGUUUGCUAGAGGAACCAACCUUGUGAUUAGAGAGCUGGAUCUUUCAACCCCAUCCCCAGACUCUGAAGUGGGGAGAGGUCAAUUACCAGUGGCCAGGGAUUUAAUCAAUCAUGCCUGUGUAAUGGAUGUUCCAUAAAUAUCCCUAAAUGAUGGGUUUGGAGAGUUUUUUGGGUUGGUGCACACAUCAAGGUGCUGGGGUACAGGGUGCUGGAGAGAGCAUGGAAACACCAUGUCCUCUCCCCCACCCCCAGACCCAACCCUGUGCCUCUUCCAUUUGGCUAUUAUUGAGUUGUACCCUUUAUAAGAAACCAGUAAUAGUAAAUAAACUGUUUCCAGAGUUCUGUGAGCCAUACUAGCAAAUUCUCAAAAUUGAAGAGGGAGUUCAUCAGUAAAGAUCUUAUUUACAAAUAAGUUCACAUUCUGAGGUUCCAGAUGGACAUGAAUUUGGGCGUGGGGGCACACUAUUCCACCCACUACAUAGGUAGAACAUUUUAGUAUUAAUCACAACUGUUGUUAUUGUAACAUUUUAUAUCAUUGAAUUACUUAUAUAUAUUUAUAAUAAUAUACAUUUCUUUAAGAUAAGCUAAAUGUUGUUUUUAAUGUAGUUGGUUCUCAAUAGACUAUCUGCUGAAUGAGUAGUUUAAUUGAUUGUGAAUAAAUCAAGACUUCCAUUGCCCCCAAAUUUUAUCCAGUACUUCACAUGAGACAUAAUCCAUAGAUUGACACCCAAAAAUAUCAAGACAUUAAAUGCAACAGCAGCUGCCACAAAAUGCAGAACAAAACAACGAAUCAAUCAAAAGAAAACAAAACAAAACAAAAAAAGCAACAACUAAGGUAUUCUUAAAAAAUUCCAGGGGCUCCUGGGUGGCUCAGUCAGUUAAGCACCUGACUUUGGCUCAGGUCAUGAUCUCGCAGUUUGUGAGUUCAAGCCCCACGUCGGGCUCUGUGCUGACAACUCAAAGUCAGGAGCCUGCUUCAGAUUCUGUGUCUCCCUCUCUGCCCCUCCCCCACUCACGCUCGGUCUCUCUAUCUCUCU